CCACCCCUCCGGCCCAGACCGGAAAUGAGGUCAGAGAGGGAAACCCCGGCGGUGAGAGUCGGCCCAAAAAGCGGCGGCCGUUCGAGGUGGCUGCGGCAGCUGAUGUGGCCUCAUGGAUGAGCUGGUACACGACUUAGCAUCAGCCUUGGAGCAGACAUCUGAGCAGAAUAAGCUUGGUGAGCUGUGGGAGGAGAUGGCCCUGAGCCCCCGGCAGCAGAGGCGGCAGCUUCGGAAACGCCGAGGUCGGAAGCGUCGUUCUGACUUCACUCACCUGGCAGAGCAUACCUGCUGCUACAGCGAGGCCUCUGAGUCAAGUCUGGAUGAGGCCACUAAGGACUGUCGAGAAGUGGCCCCCGUGACCAAUUUUAGUGACUCUGAUGACACAAUGGUAGCCAAACGACACCCAGCUCUUAAUGCCAUUGUUAAGAGUAAGCAACAUUCUUGGCAUGAAUCUGACUCCUUUACUGAAAAUGCACCUUGUCGACCACUCAGGCGCAGGCGGAAGGUGAAGCGAGUGACAUCAGAGGUGGCUGCCAGCCUUCAGCAGAAGCUGAAGGUGUCAGAUUGGAGCUAUGAGAGAGGUUGCAGGUUCAAGUCUGCCAAGAAGCAACGUCUGUCCCGCUGGAAGGAGAAUACUCCUUGGACCUCAUCAGGCCAUGGAUUGUGUGAAUCAGCAGAAAAUAGGACUUUCCUAAGCAAAACAGGAAGGAAAGAAAGGAUGGAGUGUGAAACAGAUGAACAAAAACAGGGCUCUGAUGAGAACAUGUCAGAAUGUGAAACCAGCAGUGUGUGUAGCAGCAGUGACACUGGGCUCUUUACCAAUGAUGAAGGGCGACAAGGUGAUGAUGAGCAGAGUGAUUGGUUCUAUGAAGGAGAAUGUGUCCCAGGAUUCACUGUCCCUAAUCUUCUGCCUAAGUGGGCUCCUGAUCAUUGCUCUGAAGUAGAAAGAAUGGAUUCUGGAUUGGAUAAAUUUUCAGAUUCCACAUUCCUUUUACCUUCUCGGCCAGCUCAAAGAGGGUACCAUGCUCGCUUGAAUCGUCUGCCUGGAGCUGCAGCUCGAUGCCUCAGAAAGGGGCGAAGAAGGCUGGUUGGGAAGGAGACCAGCUUAAACACUUUGGGUACUGAGAGGAUAAACCAUAUCACUAGUGACCCUCGGCAGAAAGAAAAGAAUAAAGCGUUGGCUUCUGAUUUUCCUCACAUUUCUGCUUGUACACAUGAGUUCAAUCCUCUGUCUCCCCUUUACUCCCUGGAUGUUCUUGCCGAUGCUUCUCACCGAAGGUGUUCACCAGCACACUGCUCUGCCAGACAGGCAAAUGUACAUUGGGGACCACCAUGUUCACGUGACAUAAAGAGGAAGCGGAAACCAGUGGCCACAGCAUCUUUGUCUAGCCCCAGUGCAGUUCACAUGGAUGCAAUGGAGCCAGCCACACCAGCGCCACAAGCCCCGAAAUCACCCAGCUCUGAGUGGUUGGUCAGGACCCCUGCAGCAGAGAAAGCCACAGACCCAACUACUGCUACAUUUUUUAAAAUGCCACAAGAAAAGAGCCCUGGAUACAGCUAGAGAGCAAGACUUCACCCUCCAGGAGCUGACUGGACGUUGCUGAAGCAAAUGGUGGACUUCGUGUUAGAUAGUCUUUCAUAUCUUAAUCGACAUUCCUAGUCCUUUCCCCACCAGAACCAACUCCUCUUCAAACGCAGCAGUGGACUCUUUCUCUCAGAAGAUCACGUUGUGGGAAUCUUUUUUUUAAUUAGUGAAGUAUUGAGGCAGCAAUUUUUUACAAAAAGGUAACCCUCUGCUCUAUUUGUUACCUUGUUAUUGCUGUUUCAACAUUUACUACAGCUCCAUUGACAGAGCUGUUGCUUUUUCGCAGUUGUCUUUGUUCUUGAAAAACCAGUUACUGCUUUUGCAUACCUUUUGUGUAGAGCUUUUAAUGUCAUUUGAGGAAGUUCCAAACUUGUAGUCAGUUCCAAACAAAUUUAACUACGGAGUUGAGGCCUGUAUGGAAUUGUGUUUGGAGGAGAUAAGGCUUGCCUUUGAGCCUACUCUUGAUUCACGCAGAGUGCCAAUAAGAUAAAUCAACCAAGUUCUCAGUUUGGAGCCUCAAAAGAGACACCAGCAACUGGGCCUUGAGAACGUCCAUUUUUCUGCAGAUGGUCUGCAGAAACUCAGACAGCUCAUCAUCAGCAGCAGCUGUAUUGUAUUUUACCUCAUCUUCAGAGUUUAUGUUCUACUGAAAGAGGAUGUGUGUAUACACACAUGCACACACACGCAAAUUGGUUUAAUGGAGAAGAUGGUUUAGGUGUAUAGCAAAUUUAAAAUAGUCAGUGGAUUGUGUCUUACUACUUCAUGUCCCAGUGUAAGCCUUUAUGUCCUAAGCAGGACUUUAUUGUUAGUAUCAUAGGUUAAUAACCUGCAGUAGAAAUUCACACUCUAUUAUAAUAAUGGCUUCUUGGGGCCAUGCUUUGGGGAGGUAAAAUGUCUUUUUGACAUGCCUUUAUAUUUGGCAUGUUUAUGAUGGCUCAGCUGCAUGUGGAGUUAUAUAUACAGUUGUGCCUGAAGUUGGAUGCUACUUUGUCAAAGUGAGAAAUAAGUGAUGGCCUGGAGCUGCUGGAGAGAAGCCAUGCUUUCU